AUGGAUCUAGGCGAUGUGAAGAAGUGCUGUGCUGACUUGAUGUCAAUAGCCAAAGAGGCUAGGAAGCACAAACUGGGACCCUUGCAGCCAUCUUUCAAACUGCUUCAGAGAGUGCAGGACACUCUGCUGAAGCAUCUACCAGAAGAUGCCCUUGUUCGAGCCUCUGGGAAGCUCAGCGUGUCCCUGACCAGAGUGUCUGAUGUGAAGAACGUACUAGUGUCAGAGUUUGACAGCAGAGAAGAGCUCAUUCAGGCCCUCAUAUGCAGCUGCUUCGUCCCGUUUUACUGUGGUGUCAUUCCACCCAGAUACCGUGGAGUGCACUAUGUGGACGGUGCUGUCACUGACAACCUGCCCGGUUGUCAACUGAAACAGACAAUCACGUUCUCGCCAUAUGCUGGCAAGAGUGAUAUCUGCCCCCGGGCAAGCACACUAAACCUCCCUGAGGUACGCUUCAACAAUGUCAGCAUCCAGGUCAACUCAGAGAACCUCUACAGAGUGACCAGCACCUUCUUCCCUCCAGAGCCUGAGGCAAUGGCUGAAAUUUGCCACAAUGGCUACAGGGAUGCUUUUCGUUUCCUACAAGAAAACAAUCUGAUCAGCAGUGAGUGUCCCAUAAGAAAUCUGGCGAUCGAUUCAUUUAAAUAUGUUUGCUGUGAAGUGGUGAAGGAGUCCAGCGUGAAGGCACAGCAGGAUGGAUUGAACACACUUCGGGAAGAUCACUGGUGGUUGGAUCCACACCUCGUAGAAAAUCUCCCGAUUGAAAUUCAAAGGGUGCUAUGCGUGGCCUGCAGAGAGACACGUACUGCUGAUGGUCUGUUCUCCUACAUGACUGGGUACCUGCCAAAGAAAGUGACUUCUUACAUACAGAUCCCCUAUUUUCUGCCUGUUGAGUUGGUCAGCUCUCUAUCCCAGAGAUUAGUUUACUGGAUUCCAGAUCUACAGAGGGACAUGAGCUGGCUCUAUAGCAUGGUUGGAGACAUAUACAAACAAGCAUUGAAGGACAACAAGGAGGAGAGUGAUAGGUAG